GUCCGGUUAACAGGAAGAACAAUAAAUGUGGGACAUUCAUUAACAUUUGCAUGUAUACUUAUAUACACGAUCAUCUAAAGAAGGAUUUAUUAGUUAUGUCAAGUGUGGUUAAAAAUGUCAUAUGGAGAUAAAUCAAUGCUGUCCCCUCAACUAAUAGCUUUUAUAUAUGUCUUAGCACUCUCAGCUGUUGUGAUUGCAGAAGUGGUAUUAUCACCAUCAUCACCUGUUGCGCUAGAGAAUAGUUCCCUUACAUUAACAUGUACAUUCACUGGUGAUGAAACCGUAACAAGUUUUAUAUGGAAGAGGGUGAAGACAAAUGAAAGUAGCUUUGCUAUCCUUGGUAUAAUAAUUGCAGAAUGUAAAUCUUUUAUAAUACCGGUAGACACCAGUUUAUAUGAGUACAGUUGUCCUAGUAGUAAACAAUAUACAUGGACAAUUAGGAAAGUAACUAAACAAAAUGAGGGAGACAAAUACCAAUGUGUUGUUGAAAUACUAUUUCCAAAAGUGAUUAACAGCAACUCAGUGGUCAUAUAUAUACAAGUUCAGGUAACUAAUGUAACACUAAAGGACGGCAGCACUUUACUAGCAGGUACACUAGAAGUAACAAAUGGUGUACGUAAAACAUUGACAUGUACAGCAAGUGAAAGUAGACCAACAGCUACUAUCAUCUGGUAUAUUGGAGAUGAUGUAAAGAAAAAGGAGAAUGUUACUCUGUCUACAUUAACAUUUGCUCCGCUUAAUUCCUACCAUAACAAACAAGUUUAUUGUAAAGCUUCACAGACAGCACACCCAGAAGUGUUUUCUAAUAGAAUCACUCUUUAUGUGAAAGGUUACAUUUUUAAUUUUUUCUUUGCCAUUUUAUCAGCUUACAGAUUUUUUAUUUAGAAAAAAACUUGACAGCGAAGAAAUAUCUUCACUAAAUUAUAUAGGUUGAUUUAAAUGUUGAUUCACCUUUCAGUAUAUUUGUA